UCGCAUGUAUUUUUCAUCCCGAUAGAUUCCAUCAGCGCUCCGCGUCCACCGCCUCAGUCCGGCCCCGGGUACCAGUCUGAUGUGGCAUCACCAGGUCUGAUUAACCACAGAUCGGACUAAACCGGGCAUCCCAGCCUGCACGCGUUUUAAUCUCUUUUUUGGCUGUUUUCUGUACCUGAUCUGUUUGGGACUGAAGCUGGGUGGUGUCAGACUGAACUACCAUGAUUGAGAGACCUGACUCCAGUGUUGCGCAGAGGAAUCUGGAGGGGUACGUGGGUUUCGCCAACCUGCCCAACCAGGUGUACCGCAAAUCAGUCAAGAGGGGCUUCGAGUUCACGCUCAUGGUCGUGGGUGAAUCUGGAUUGGGUAAAUCGACGCUCAUCAACUCGCUCUUCCUGACAGAUCUUUACUCCAAAGAUUAUCCCGGUCCGUCCCAGAGGAUCAAAAAGACUGUACAGGUGGAGCAGUCUAAAGUGCUGAUAAAGGAGGGCGGGGUGCAGCUCACGCUCACCAUCGUGGACACGCCCGGAUUCGGAGACGCCGUCGACAACAGCAACUGUUGGCAGCCGGUAAUAAACUACAUCGACAGUAAAUGUGAGGACUUCCUGAACGCCGAGUCACGCGUCAACCGACGACAAAUGCCCGAUAACCGAGUGCACUGCUGCCUGUACUUCAUCGCCCCCUCUGGUCACGGUUUGAAGCCUCUGGAUAUCGAGUUUAUGAAGCGUCUGCACGACAAAGUCAACGUCAUCCCGCUCAUCGCCAAGGCCGACACCCUCACGCCGGAGGAGUGCCAGCAGUUCAAGAAACAGAUCAUGAAAGAGAUCCAGGAGCACAAGAUCAAGAUUUACGAGUUUCCGGAUACAGAGGAGGACGAGGACAACAAAAUAAUCCGCAAGAUAAAGGAGCGGAUGCCUCUGGCCGUGGUGGGCAGUAACGUGGUGGUCGAAGUGAACGGCAGGAAAGUCAGAGGGCGUCAGUACCCCUGGGGUGUCGCAGAAGUGGAGAACGGAGAGCACUGUGACUUCACAGUUUUGAGGAACAUGCUCAUCAGGACUCACAUGCAGGAUCUGAAGGACGUGACCAACAACGUCCACUAUGAGAACUACCGCAGCAGGAAGCUCGCCGCCGUCACCUGCAACGGAGUGGACGCUAACAAGAGCAAAGGCCAGCUGACCAAGAGUCCCCUGGCUCAGAUGGAGGAGGAGCGACGGGAGCACGUGAUGAAGAUGAAGAAGAUGGAGAGUGAGAUGGAGCAGGUGUUUGAGAUGAAGGUUAAGGAGAAGAAACAGAAGCUGAAGGACUCGGAGGCGGAGUUGGAGAGGAGGCACGAGCAGAUGAAGAAGAACCUGGAGGUGCAGUACAAGGAGCUGGAGUUGAAGAGGAGGCAGUUCGAGGAGGAAAAGGCAAACUGGGAGGCUCAGCAACGCCUGCUGGAACAGCAGAAACUCGACGCCUCCAAGACGAUGGAAAAGAACAAGAAAAAAGGGAAAAUCUUUUAACCAGCCUCAGCACCACAGUGUUUCUAACAUUUGAUUCCUGCAUGUUUAUGGCCUCCAGGUUACACACACACACACACACACACACACACACACACCAUUACGACUCAUGAGUGCGCCCACAUUAUAUAAUAACAUUCCAGAAAGAUUCAGACUUUGUACACGAAUGAAUGAAUGAAUGAAUGAAUGAAUGAAUGAAUGAAUGAAUCUGAGAUGCGUCCUGCACUCCGCCCCUCCUUUAUACAGCGUAUUCUGCCCCCUUGUGGACACUGAUUGUUUUUGCCCCCAAAUCUGAGUGCAAACGAUGUUAAUGACGAGGAUUUUAAUAAACAGGCCACUAAUGGCCAAAAACAAA